CGAGGACCCGAGCAGCCGAAGAGCCGAGGAGCCGAGGAGCCGAGGCCGCGGGCUGAGCCGCAGGAGCGGAGCGGGGAGGCCGCCGGCCGCGUUCGCCCCUGUCAGUCGUCGCCAUGGGGAUUAAAUUUUUAGAAGUUAUAAAACCAUUCUGUGCAGUAUUGCCUGAAAUCCAGAAGCCGGAAAGAAAAAUCCAGUUUAGAGAGAAGGUGUUAUGGACUGCUAUAACUCUCUUCAUUUUCUUAGUGUGCUGUCAGAUUCCAUUGUUUGGAAUCAUGUCUUCAGACUCAGCGGAUCCUUUCUAUUGGAUGAGAGUUAUCCUGGCAUCCAACAGAGGAACUUUAAUGGAAUUGGGAAUCUCCCCAAUUGUAACAUCAGGUCUGAUCAUGCAGUUGUUAGCUGGAGCCAAAAUCAUUGAAGUUGGCGAUACUCCAAAAGACAGAGCUCUAUUCAAUGGGGCCCAGAAAUUAUUUGGUAUGAUUAUUACCAUUGGGCAGGCCAUUGUCUAUGUCAUGACUGGAAUGUAUGGGGAUCCUGCUGAAAUGGGUGCUGGGAUCUGCCUCCUUAUCAUCAUUCAGUUGUUUGUUGCUGGUUUGAUUGUGCUGCUGUUAGAUGAGCUGCUACAGAAGGGUUACGGCUUGGGGUCUGGUAUUUCCCUCUUUAUUGCCACCAACAUCUGUGAAACCAUUGUCUGGAAGGCCUUUAGCCCCACUACCAUUAACACUGGCAGAGGUACGGAGUUUGAGGGGGCAGUCAUUGCUCUGUUUCACCUGUUGGCUACCAGAACUGACAAAGUCCGUGCUUUAAGGGAGGCUUUUUACCGUCAGAAUUUACCCAAUCUCAUGAACCUUAUUGCUACGGUCUUUGUGUUUGCAGUUGUUAUAUAUUUUCAGGGAUUUCGUGUUGAUUUGCCCAUCAAGUCAGCCCGAUAUCGAGGACAGUACAGUAGCUACCCCAUCAAACUCUUCUACACCUCGAACAUUCCCAUCAUUCUUCAGUCUGCCUUAGUUUCAAACCUCUAUGUUAUUUCCCAGAUGUUGUCUGUUCGGUUUAGUGGCAACUUCCUAGUAAACCUGCUUGGACAGUGGGCCGAUGUCAGCGGGGGUGGCCCUGCCCGGUCCUACCCAGUUGGAGGCCUUUGCUAUUAUCUUUCCCCUCCAGAGUCCAUGGGAGCCAUAUUUGAGGAUCCGGUCCAUGUGAUUGUUUACAUCAUCUUUAUGUUAGGAUCGUGUGCAUUUUUUUCAAAGACUUGGAUAGAAGUAUCUGGCUCAUCAGCAAAAGAUGUUGCUAAGCAGCUUAAAGAACAACAGAUGGUCAUGAGGGGACACCGAGACACCUCUAUGGUUCAUGAGCUUAACAGGUACAUCCCCACAGCAGCUGCGUUUGGCGGUUUGUGCAUCGGUGCCCUCUCAGUGUUGGCUGACUUUCUGGGGGCCAUCGGCUCCGGCACUGGGAUUCUGCUGGCGGUCACCAUCAUCUAUCAGUAUUUUGAAAUAUUUGUGAAGGAGCAGGCCGAAGUCGGAGGAGUGGGUGCUCUGUUUUUCUAAUGGGCAAAUAUUUCUUCAUUUGUGUGGACAGGAAAGUAUAUUUUGACCUCUCAUCAGGUAACGCUGUGGUUGUCUCUUCUCAUUUCUUCUGUUCAAAAGUGCUAACUGCCCCAUUUCUGUAAUGGGCACUGAGCUAUGCCUGUGUGCAGCGGGAGGACCAGCUGCCUUAAGAAAAAGUUUACAUUAUCUUGUUCAACUGUAUCUCUAGUGUUGCCUGUAAUGCUGGAAACCAAUGUAUCUACCUUGCUGUUUAAAACCACACAGUGAGAUGGUGAAAUGUACAUUUGACAGUUUUGCACACAUCUGCCGACAUUUUCCCCAGGUUGUAUUUCAAUAAACGCAGAGUUCAGAUUGCCACUUAUGAGCUUAUCUAAUAAGUUCCCAGACAAAUUUAUAGCUAAUCUAUAUAUUUAGAUGAUUACUUUUUAUACUUUUUUAACUUGUAGUAUUUCCCUUCAUUUCCCCCCCUCCACCUUUUCCUUCCAAGUCCCCUCCCUAGAUUUUUGGCUGGGUGUCUCCCUUUUAACUUUUGGAUGGCCUACAAAAGGGAGCCACCUCCUAGACUAGAGAUUACAUAGGGCAGUUGAACAAAGGACUGCUUUCUAUGUCCCAACUGGUUUAGUGUUCCUUUUUUUUGUUUUUGUUGUUGCUGGGUUAUAAAAAAAAAAUUACAUCCCCCCUGACAGCAGAAGGUUCUGCCAUCUUACAGCUUUGAUUAUACCUUCAGCUCCAACAAGGCAAUUGGGGAAAAUUGUACCUCAACAAGUCCUACCCUCUGGCUUAAUCCAUAAAGCAAAGGUCUGGUUCUUAGCACUGUGUUUUGUAGUCUGAUGGGGGUGGAAAACAAUUCAUGCACAGAAUUCAUGUAUAUUGUUGCACUUUACAGCAUCCACGUAAGGUGUGUAAACAUCUGCCAAUAAACUUUUAUUUAAUACAA